UUUUUUGCAUGUCUUUUAGCUGUUAUAUUUCGUGUAAAGGAGAAUGUGACCACGCCCACUCAUAACGUUACAUGCGCGUGAGCAGUUCGUGAACGUAAAAUUCAGGGAUGGCAUCGGCGGAUGCUUUAAAAGUUUCCUCUCUGAAGGAUAAAGUGGCGUUAAUCACAGGAGCGAGUUCUGGUAUCGGAGCCGGAACCGCGGUUCUCUUCGCCAAACUCGGGGCUCAGCUGGCGCUCAGUGGCCGUGACAUGAACAACCUGAGCAAAGUCUCCAAACAGUGUGAAGAGUGCGGGGGGAAAAAGCCACUAUUGGUGCCAGGAGACUUGACCGAUGAGGACACAGUAAAGAAAACUGUUGAAGAAACUGUUGCUCACUUUGGGCGCUUGGACGUUCUUGUUAACAGUGCAGGGAUCCUCGCCAUGGGCACAAUUGAGACCACCGACUUGGCUCAGUAUGACAAGGUGAUGAACGUUAACGUCAGAUCAGUUUACCACCUCACACACUUGUGUGUGCCACAUUUGAUUCAGACUAAGGGCUGCAUUGUAAACGUGUCCAGUGUCAAUGGUCAACGAUCAUUUCCUGGAGUGCUUGCAUACUGUAUGUCCAAGUCUGCCAUUGACCAGUUUACACGCUGUGUAGCUCUUGAACUGGCACCAAAGCAAGUACGAGUCAACUCUGUUGGGCCAGGUGUGAUCAUUACAGAGGUCCACAAGCGUGCAGGUCUGGAUGAAGAGCAGUAUAAACAGUUCCUUGAGAAGUGUAAAGUCACGCAUGCCCUUGGCCGACCAGGUGAGGUAGAGGAAGUGGCUCAGGCAAUUGCCUUCCUCGCCUCAGAAGCUGCUACCUUUAUUACAGGUGUGAAUCUCCCAGUGGACGGAGGCCGUCAUGCUAUGUGUCCACGAUAGUGCCACAUUACCAUAAAUCUGAUUAGAAGUAAAUAAAAGUUUAAAAAAAAAUG